GUCAUAUGCGAGACUAAAAGCCAAAGGGAAGGACCGAUAGAUCGUCCGGAAAGACAAACGAAACAAAAAUACCAAUCUUACAUUUUUAGAAAAUUCUCAGUUAGCUUGAAUUAUAAAUGCUAUUCACGCCUAAUAUCAUUCAGAUAUCUUAAUGGUAAAGCUAGCGGCUGUACUGUCUGUGUUUGUUUAGCUAACGUUAGCUGUUAUCUUGCUCUCCAAACACUCCGCCUGUGUGGCGAUGAGUACGGAUUUACUGUCUGAUUUGGACACUCGUUUCUUCGCUGAUAACCUCCUGACGAGCGAAGACUGGGAUGCCUGCCUGUACCAGUGCGAGAGCAUGGAGGAGGGAGAGGACGGAGACUUCGGCCGAGGGAUGAAAUACGAAGCGUCGUUUGACAACGACCUCGUGCUCACUCUCGAUCCUGACAACCCCACGUCGCCAUGGCAACACCUUGACGACAAUCUGCUCACAGGAGACGCUCCUGUGAUAAAAAGUGAGAUGACCAUUGCUCAGGCUUUACCGGUGGAAAUGUUGUUCCAGGUGAAAGCAGAGCCUCCGUCUCCAGCGUCCUCUCUGGGGUCCGACUGCUCCGCUUCAUCUCCAGAUCCACAGAUCACAGUCAAAGGUGAAAACCCUCCGACUCCUCCGUACAUGUACGGAGACGUGCUGUCGCCUCCGCUGGGAUCCAUGGAGGUCACCGUGGCGACGUCGGCGGUCGGCCCGCGGCAGACGCAGAUUACCGCGGUGACGCAGACGCAGCUACAGACGCCGCUGACGACGCAGAUCCCGGCGGUCAUCGGCGGGAUCCAGACGCAGGCCACCGUCCUGCCUUCGUCCACGCUGAAGGCCAGCACCAUCCUGAGCGCCAAACCUCCCAUCCAGCCCAGACCUGUGUGUGUCACCUCGCUCCCCGUCCCCCAGACCCCCGCGCCGGCCAAGACCCUCAUACUGCAGGGCCUCCCCUCCAUGGACCAGACCAGACCUGUCGUUCUGUCUCAGUCCGUCUGCCUCGGUUCGGCUCCGGCCAUCGUCAAGAUGGAGCCCGUCUCUCCCAGCAUCCCCCAGCACUGCUCCAGCCCCACGGCCCAGCCCGCCAGCAAACCCAUCGUCCCGGCGACCACGACGUUACCCGGCAACAACUCAAACGACAUCGAUAUGAAGGUGCUGAAGCGGCAGCAGAGGAUGAUAAAGAACCGGGAGUCGGCCUGCCAGUCGAGGAAGAAGAAGAAGGAGUACCUGCAGAACCUGGAGGCCCAGCUCAGGGAGGCCCAGCAGGAGAACGAGCGGCUCCGCAGGGAGAACCAGGCGCUGAGGGAGAGACUGGCUGGGAAAGAGGGCAGCGACUCGGCGACUAACAAGAGAGCCGUGUGCGUCAUGGCCGUUCUGCUGUUCAUGACCUUCAGCUUCGGACCCGUCAGCAUCACAGACAGGAAGCUGUCGACUGACCUACAGGAAGGUGUGGUGUCAUAUACAGGACGACGGCUGCUGGAGAUCGAACAGGAGCAACAACAACAACAACAACAGCAACAGCAACAGCAGCAACAACAGGCGUCUGUUCAACCUCCGAGCAGAGAGGAGGACAAGACGGAGACGGAGGAGGACGGAGACGCAGAAAGAUACACACAAGAGUCGUAUCAGUUCAGGAACCUGAGUGAUGUGUUCAGUGACAUGAAGGAUCUGGUUCUGCAGGACAUCGACCGUUACUUCAGCUCGUCAGACUGCAGACAGUUUAACCGCUCCGAGUCUCUCCGGCUGGCGGACGAGCUGAGAGGUUGGGUUCACCGACACCAAAUCGACCGCAAGAAGUCUGGAGGGAAACCGAAGAUCGCCAAGAAGGCAAAGAUCGCCCAGAAAGCUCAGCUGAGGAAGACGAACAUCUCCAGAUAUCUGCCCAUCCAGGCGCACCGCUCCAUAGAAAGUCAGCUGCAGGUGCUCGCUGGUCCUGAGGUCACGUACAGCGACUUCCUGGAUGCCAUCGACCGCAGAGAGGACACCUUCUACGUCGUCUCUUUCAGACGGGACCACCUGUUGUUACCUGCCAUCAGCCACAAUAAGACCAGCCGACCCAAAAUGUCUCUGGUCAUGCCGGCCAUGUCUGUUAACGAGAGUCUCUAUAAUUCCUCUCAGGGCUACGAGAUGAUGAUGCAGGUCGACUGCGAGGUCAUGGACACCCGCAUCGUCCCCAUCAAGUCCUCCGCCGUCCCCCCGUCCCUCCGUGACCCGCCUCCGCCACCCCCCUCCGCCCACCACAACCCCCACCAUCACCACGGCAACCACACCUCACUCCGAGGACGUCACCAGCAUCACCCCUCCUCGUCCUCCUCCUCAUCGUCAUCGUCUCAGCGGCAACCUUUACCUGUCCGACGACGGCCAGCGGAAUAUCUCAUCAGCCAAUCGGAAGGGGUCUGAUUAGCCGUUGCCGUGGCGAUCACAGCAGAUGAUGGGUAGAGAAGAGGCAGGCAGGCGGUUUUGGGAAGAAGAGGUGACAGUUAAAGGUUUGAGGCUUGGAACAAAGUCCAAGACGAACAUUUAAACCUUGAGACACAUUUCUUUAAUAAUAAUCUCAUCAUCUUUACAUCAGGUAACAUUUCUCCUCUGGCUUAUACACGUCGCUUCGUCCUGCAGAAGUUGAGUUUCCUGUAGUUUGUGGAAAGUGAAAAUUCAGGAAAACCUCCAUGAAACACAUAUGAAAAGGAUUUUAAUCAGUAAUUGAAGCAGUUACUGUUUAAAACCUCAAGAGAGGGUUGAAAAGAUU